GAAAAGGCGGUUUUGUGAUGGAAGUGGCGGUGCAGGCGUGUGAGCUCACAGUGUGCGUUUGUUUCCAUUUAAUAUGCGACAUGUGCCCGUCUUCGCUCUCAUAGCUAUCCCAUCUCUCGGUGUGGGCUUCCGGGUACCGGCACUCACGGCAGCGACCGCCUGACGGAUCUGAUUUGAUCAAGGCCGACGCCCAGCUGCCCUUGACGCGCCCAUUUGCACUGACGAGGGGACGCGUGCGUCCUCACAUCAGCCGAUUCCUGGACGGAAACGGGACACUGCGGAGGACCGAUGCGAAGUGCUCUCUAGGUGGGCAGGGAGGGGGGAGGGACGCAAUCCCAGCACCACUGGCCUUGAACAGACAGCAAAGAGGCCAUUCUCUGCCGUGGUGGCCAUUGCAAAGCCUACUCAUUGUCUGUCGGUGUGUCCUGCCUGCAGGAUGUGCGACACUGUCCGUAACAAUCCUCUAGCAUCAUCCCUUAUCCGUGCCGCCUGAGAGCCACUUACCCACCCGAGAUCGGACCAACCACGGAGGAAGGCGCCAGGAGGGACCUCUGCCCUUCUUCUAUCUAGUACUUGCUUACUUAGCGGGCAGCGAGCGGCCCCACGCCAGCUGUCAAUUUUCUCUUCCCCUUCCCUCGGGCGCGACACGACAUCAAGCUCUUGGUGUCGUAUUGAUCCCGAGUAGGCAAAGGACGGGUCGCACCACAGGGAGGCACAGCAGAGAGGAUGCUGCUGAGCUGAGGUUGGUUUGUCUGUCUGUUGGUGUCUGUCGUUGCCCUGUGUGUCUCAGGUGCAUCCGUGCAUCCGUGUGUCUUGCUUCCGCAUUGUGCCUACUGCGGUGCCCCUCUUCGGCCUGCCCGCAGCAUCGCUUUGCUUGAGUCACCCCCAUAAGUCAAUAGCCAUGGGCCUCAUAGACAUGGCCUACUCGACAUACGACACCGCCGACGCACCUGCGCCGCCCCAGGACCCCACCCCCGCCCCCGCCCCAGCCCCCUCCAUCCCCCCGAUGCACAACACCUCUGACACGUCCGGCAGCAGCAGCAGCAGCAGCUGGGUUCCACUGCUCAAGGCCAUCGCCAAGGAGUCCAUCGAGAUGUACUGGAUCGAGUUCGUCCUCUUCGCCGUCUUCCUCUGCGGCCUCAUCAUCUUCCAGUCUCGUAAGGGCCCGCGGCGCAAGGGACCUACCCCCAGACCCACCGGCAAGGCCAAGGACAGCAAGCAGGGCCAGAGGAGUGCCGCAGGCCCCCCCACCAGCCACCACUCCGUCACGACAUCGCAGCCCGUGGCUUCUGCUUCUUCUCAGUACGGCCGGGGGAGCAGCAACAGCGGCAGCGGCAGCACGCAGGCGACCCGUUCGUCUCAGUCUCAGCGGAAGCAGCACAAGAAGAAGGACCGCAACUUGCCGCCAUCGCAACACACAUCCCCCGCCAACUCGGCUAGGGGAUCGCCCGCUGAGCCCACGGUCAAGCCAUCACAACAACACCAGCAGCAGCAGCAGCAGGGCAAAGACAACAGGGGGACAGAGGAGACCAUGGUGGACCGCAAGGGAGGGGGGGAGAGGGACAGGGAGAGGGAGAGGGAGAGGGGCGGCCGGACCCCCUCACUGCCGUCCACCUCGCCGAGCCUCAACCAAAGUGCGGCUGCAUCGUCGCAGACGGUCGCCGCCACGGCUGAAAAGGCCACCUCGCCCAUGCUGCCCUCCAUCACGCAGACACACGGCCACGGCGGUGCCUCACUCGAGUCGACGCCAUCCUCCAAGAGUGCCAGCGGCGUCUCCCACACACGCGAUGCCGACGACAACGGAGCCUCCCCCACCUUCUCUAAGGCCACCACGGAGGAGCAGCCCAGCCCGACACUCACCAUCCUGCGGUCCUACCACCAGCAUCACCAGCAGCAUCAGCAGCAGCAGCAGUUGAUCACGCCCGACUUGACCCCGCUUGCCUACGGCCACAAUGCCAAGGCUGCUGUGUGCGGCAUGAAAGAGGAGGAGCCCCCCAAGGCACCGGCAAAUGACACGCUGCCCCACCUGCCCAUGCACCAGCCCAUCCACGUCAGCACCGUCAAGCCCAAGGGGCAGGCCCCACCUCCCCCGCCCGGCCUCACGGCACCCCCAGGCAUGACACCCAACCCUAAUACGAGCAGCCAGGCGGCCGCACCUGCUGGGCUCCGGUGCAAAGCCGCUCCGUGGGCCGCGGCUGCCGGUGCACCCACCGAGCAGAGCGAGAGGGCGCCUGAGACACAGCCGACCACCGAGUUCCCGCCCCUUGCAGCGGCGCUCUCCACCCACGACCAGCCGGUGCAUGGUCCAUCCCAGCACUCUGGUGCGACUUCGAGCAGCACGUCAGGUAGGACUGGUCGUGGCGAGCGGCGGGAGGGGCCGACGGGCAAGUUCACGCUCAACAUCAACCUCAUGAGGGGGGAGACACCCAGCGUCACCAUCACCCCCAACGCAAAGGAUGUCAGCACCAAGUCAGCCAAGGCCAACAGCCCCACACACACACACGCCCCUGUAGCCGACAGCCACGCCACCAACGGCACCCCUUUACCAUCGCCGUCUCAGCCUGUGAUCCCGACCAUCAUGCAGCGUCCCCAGCGGCAGCUGUCACCCACCCCGGGCCUGGAGGGGCAGAGCGGCACGUUCGACGAGUGUGUGGAGGCCAUCGACAGCCAGGCCAAGGAGGGCAAGUGGGAGGGAGUCAUCGAGGCAUUCUACCGCCUGCGGCAGACGGAGAAGUUCCAUCUCACCUCUUCCGCACUCACACAGCUUCAGAGGGGCACAACGCGCGGCUCCCAGACGUGUGUCAUCGACUCCGCCCGGAUCGCCCUCCUCGCACAGGCCAUCCUGAAGUGCUUGUCAUCGUCAGGCGGCUUGUCUGGGAAGCUGCCGGCCCUCAACCGACACGACACCACCACAGGCGGCGCGAAAGAGGGGGACAGCGACAGCACGGCCAAGGACAACAAGACCGACGAGAAGGGAGGGGGUGAGGAGAAGAAGGCCGAUCCCGACCACCCCGCCCCCAGACCCUCCCAGGAGCACCCCGACAUCCAGCUCAUCGACGGCCUGCUUUUCGACUACAUCCGGCGGCACACGGCGUGCAUGAACUGCGAGUACCUCAACGCAGUGCUGGGGGUCAUCGCACGGGACGGCGACAUUUUCCUGAUAGAGAUGGUGGCCGAGGGGUUCGCCUCGCUGGGCGUGCGACCGAACGGGGCGUCGAAUGCCCUGGUGCUGUCGGGUUACGCGAGGGCCAACAUUGGCGGCGAGAAGGUGGCGGUAGCUCUGCAGAAGGUGCAGGGGGUGGAUGGCAAGGGGGAGGGGGAGACGGCGGGGGGUGGGGGAGUGGGUGGGGUGCAUCCGCGGUAUCUGCUCACUCUGCUCAACCGGGCCGUCCUCGACAAGAACCUGGGCGACGCCAUGCGAUACUGUAGUCUCAUGAAUCGGGUGGGUGGGGCGGGGUGGGGUGGGAGACACGGGGGGGAAACCGAUAUCGACCGCACACUGUGUGUGGCUGUGCCGCGUGUGUUUGUGUCCUGAUAUCCAUCAGGGCCAGCAUCUUGUGCCGUCUCCGUUGCUGGCGCAGUUUGUGCGUCUGGUGUGGGAGGAGAGGCGUGUGGAGCAGCUGAUCAACGAGAUCGCAGCCGGGGAGUUCUGCUCUUGUGAGCCCAUCAACACGUUCCUCGAGCAGGCCACCAAAGCCGGCAGUCUCACCCCGCCCCCUCCACCGCCCCCACCCCCAUCAGCAGGAGAUCAAGAGCACCAGAACGGACACCAGAACGGCCUCAGCCCACCACAGGUCAGCCAGCUGGUCAGACACUUAGACGCACGCACCUGCCAUUCUAUUGGUGUUUGUUAUGUGUUGCUUGUGUCAGACGCCCCACUCGCAGCCCCCGCCACCGCCCCCCAUUCCCCCUUUGCCGACCAUCCCAGGCCUGGAGGGCGUCGACCUGACGCUAGUGUCCCGUAUGGACCAGACGUCCCGCAAGGGCGGCAUACCGCUGCUGUACUCAGCAUAUGACGCACUCAUCAAGGCAAGCAAGAGGCAGAACUAAGCACAUUUAAAAGGGGCAGGGCGGGAGGAGACCUCUUCACUCAGUGUGUAUGGUGUGGCGUGCUGUGCAGUCGUAUGCGCAGACUGGCAACCCGCAGGCCAUCGAGCUGUUCGAGGAGAUGCAGAGGCAAGGGUGAGUGGAGAAAGAGGGAGGGGCGACAGACAGACACCAUCUGCAGAAUAUGACCGACCUGAUGGAUGCAUUCAUUCAUGUUGUCUCCCUCCCUCAUCAAUCAGUUUCCGCAUCUCCGAGGCCACGUGUGCGGCGGUGUUGGGGCGGUGUGCGGAGUCGCAGUAUCUGCAGUUCGCUGAGAAGAUCGUAUCCUACUACAGGUGAGUGGAGUGCACUCACCUGGGGGGGAAGAAUUCGAUCCAUUCAGCCACUCAAUCACUCACUCAGGAACUCACUCGCAUACCAUUUCCUGUCUGUCUGUCUGUCUGUCUUCUGAUGUGAUGUGUGUGUCGUAGGGGUCACAACCAGGGCAAGCUGACGCCGCAGAUCUACACCGUACUGGUGCAGGUGUAUGCCGCGGCCGGCCUCUUCGACAGAGCAUGCGACACAUACGACCAGAUCAAAAAGGUCAGCAGCAUCACACCACACACAACUGACAAGACGAGACACUCACCAGACCUCAUUGCUCUCCUGUUGUGUGUGUGUGUGUGUGUGUGUGUGUGUGUCAUGAAGGAGGGCAUGGAACCCACGUCUGAGAUGCUGCAGAGCCUGACCAAGUUUGCCAUCGAGUGCGGCCGCAUAGAGUUCACCAAAGCCCUGUUCAAAAAGUCAGCCGCACACACACACCAAACCAAACCAAGCCCCCCUAUCCCUCCAACCAACCAACUAUUCCUCUCUCUGUGUGUUUACCCACCCCUCCCUGUAGGUGUCAGCCCGACAUCAGCAGCUACAUGAACCUCAUCCGCGUGUGUGGCCGCGAGCGCAACGUGUCCGAGGCCCUGGGCGUGCUGGCCUCCCUCGAGCGGGACCCCAACGUGGAGGCCGACGCGGGUGCCUACAACAGCGUCCUCGACGUCUGUCUGACGCACAAGGACCGGGACCAGGCCGAGAAGCUGUUCGACCGGAUGAAGCGGGGGGGCAAGGUGGACAUUGUGAGCUACAACACCAUGCUCAAGGGGUACGCCGGCAUGUGCCAGCUGGAGGCCGCAGAGCGAAUGCUCGAGGCCAUGCAGGGCGACGGAUACACACCCGAUGAGGUAGGUCAGCUGGGAGCACCGCAGGGAGGGAGGCGGAGGAGGGCGGGAGUGGCAAGGAAUAUAUUGGUUGCGUCCAUCGUCCAUUUGUCUAAUGAUGGUUGUGUUGCAGGUGUCGUACAAUUCGAUCAUCAAUGCGGCGGUGUCGAGCGGCAAUGUGGACAAGGCAUGGGCCUGGAUCGACUACAUGAAACACAACAACAUACAAGUAAGAUAAGCAUCAGACAGACAAGCAUCAUGCUAAGUCGACGCCACGCCCGUGUCUCUCUCUCCCUCUCGUCUCUCGUGUCUGUCUGUCUGUCUGCAUCGAUCGCAUCAGGUUGACCGGUACACGUGUUCCAUCAUGAUCAAGAACCUCCGACCCACCUCAUCGCGCGACGAUGUCGGACGGACACUCCAACUCAUGGACAAUGUAACCCAUGUACACAAACCAACACACAACAACACAACACAACACACGUGGCCUCUCUCUCUCUCUCUCCCCUGUGUCUGUGUGUGUGUGUGUGUGUGUGUGUCAGAUUGACGUGUGUCAGGACACAGUGCUGUUCAGCACGAUAGUUGACGCCUGUGCGCGUCUGAAGGACACCCGUCGGCUGACGAUCGCCCUGGACCAGUUCAAGCAGUCGGGGCUGCGGCCCAACGUGCACGCCUACGGCACACUCAUCAAGGCGUACGGACGAUGCAAGCGACUCGACGAGGUGAGACGACGGACGGACGGACGGACGGACGCGCAGACAGAGACAUGUGUCCGUCCAUGUGUGUGUGUGUGUAGGCGUGGGCGUUGUGGCGUGAGAUGACGACGGAGCGUAAGUUGGAGCCCAACAACUACACCUUCGGCUGCAUGUUCGACACGCUCGUGUCCAACCAGUGCGUCGAACAAGCCAUGGACCUCUUCCAAAAGUAACCAACCGAUACACCACACCAUACCAGCCCGGCCCACACAGAUAUCCCUCCCUCGCACCGAGGCAAACAAGGCACACGUGAUGUGAUGCAUUCAUUAUUUUGUCGAUCAGGUUGGUGGGCAGUGGCGUGACGCCCAACACGGUGCAGUACUCGAUUCUGAUCAAGGGCUUCGCACAGAACAAGCAGAUCGACAAGGCACUGCAGCUGUAUAGAGACAUGCAGGAGAAAGGCGUCCCCUGCAACGAGGUGAGGUGGGGGACGUGACCAACCACCCAUCCCAUCCCAUCCACACAGACAGACCACAACACCCGCACACCCGACCCGCACACACGACACGCAUAACAUGCCUCUCUCUGUGUGGUCGUGACACGACGGGUGUGUGUGACAUGUCUUUAGGUGACGUACAACACGUUGAUCCACGCGUGCACGUCUGUGUCUGACAUGCGGCAAGCGGUGGACAUCCUGGAGGACAUGAACGCCUCACGGGAGCACCCCCCCGACCUCAUCACCUACUCCACCAUGAUCAAGGGCUUCUGCGCGCAGGGCAACCUGGAGGCGGGCCUCGAGCUCUUCGAGUCCAUGCGGGGCCGCGGCAUACAGCCGGACACCAUCGUAUACAACACACUGCUGGAAGGUGCACAUGGACAGACACACACGCACGCACACACACACACACACAGAGAGAGAGAGGGGGAGAGAGAGAGAGACGGAAAGGCUAUAUGUGUGUGUGUGUGUGUGUGUGUGUGUUGUCGACCAGGGUGUGCCCGUCGGUACAAUCUGCAGAUGACGGAGCAGCUGCUGGAAGACAUGAUCCAGUCGGGAGUGGCCCCCACCUCAUUCACACUCACCAUACUGGUAUGUAUGGUUGGUGCGUCAGUGCGUGCAGUUAAUGCAUUGGUCCUCACACCCAGUGGCCCCCACACAUAUAAUGACUGCCUUGUGCGUCUGUAUGUGUGUAUGUGUGAUAGGUGAAGCUGUACGGUCGCGCCAAGCAGUUGGACAAGGCCCUGAGCCUGGUGACAGAGUUGCCCCGCCGCUUCAGCUUCGAGCUCGACGCGUACGUCUACACCGCACUCAUGGCUGCAUGUAUCGCCAACCAACGACUGCCACUCGCUAUCGAAGUGUUCGAAACGGUCAGACACACCACCCAUCCCUCCACACACACACACCCGCCCGCCCACACCAGACCAGACCCACACACAUCUCUGCUGAAACAUCUGUGCAGAUGUUGCGCAAGGGUCUGCGUCCCAACGCCCGCACCUUCGGCACCAUCAUAGUGGGGUGUCUCAAGGGCGGCUCGGCCCAGCCAUCCUUCCUCCGACACAACACGCCCGACGGCGAUUCCCCGUCGUCACCUGGGGGUGGCGGUGUGGCCAACCCCAAGGAUAGUUACGCGACCAACCCCAACGACAGCCACAAGUACAUGAUGAAGGCCAUCGAAUUCGCCGAGUCGGCCAUCAACGACGGGCUGAGGCUCGAGGCCUCCGUGCUGGAGGCCUGUAUCAAGGCCAUCAUGGAGCUGCCACACGAUCAGCAAGAAGGUCAGGGACGGAGGGAGAGAAAGAGAGACCUACAUUGCUGUAUGAAUGUGUCCACAUAACAUACAUCCUUCCUUCCUUUUGUGUGUUGUGUGCUGUGCAGAGUUCGGUGGCCAGAUGCUGGUGGACAAGCUGACGUACGCUGCGGCCCAGAGUGCGGCAUUUCCGUCCCCCGACAUGGACAGCCGCCGCCGCCACCACUCGGGCAGCCCCGACCGGCACACCAAUGGCAGGGGGGGCGGAGCCGGCAAUCCAUGGCAGCACAACACCAUGCCCGGCUUCGGCAGCAGGCUCCGCCCACAGGGCCCCACCAACAUGUUCGACUCCACCGGCAUGCACGACCAGGCCGCCAUGGGAUUCGACAGCUACGGUGGCCCCCAGCACCCGGGCAACACCGGUUUCGGCAGCCUGUGGGGCGGUGGUCGCGGCCGUGGUCUCCAUCAGCAGAUGAUGGACCCCCAGCAGAUGAUGGGCGGGCCGAGUCCGGCUAUCGUGAUGCGAGGCAGGGGCGGCGGGCCGUUCCAGCACAUCAGCAAUGGGGGAGGGCCCAGGCCGCAGCCGGGACGGUUCGGCGGGUUCGGGAUUGCUGAUGGAGGAGGUGGGGGGUACGGCGGUGGUGGAAUGGGCGGCGGUAUGGGCGGCGGUGGUGGGUACGACAUGGGCAUGGGCAACGGGUACGGCUGCUUCCAGGGCCAGGCACACGCACCCAUGGUCGACAUGGCCUCAUGGGGCAACGAGUACUACGGCGGCCAUGCCGACAACAGCUGGGCCAUGAUGGGCGGCGGCGGGUUCGACCAGUGGAGCAACACCUGCCCCAUGCAGCAGGACAACACGGCCGGCGCAGCGGUGGGCGGCAACCUGUCGGCUCAGGACAUGAGACGCCGCAGGUUCUGACGCACUCACACACGUACGCACACAUACACCGUACAUAGAAAGAUAGAAAGACGGGGAGGGAAAGGGGCAACAUCACAUCACAUCACACCGAAUGUCCAUACUUAUCUGCAUGGCUCUGGCUGGCUGGCUGGCUGGGGUGGCUGUACGUUGGUUGAUUUGGGAGGGCGAGCGAGACGAGAAUCAAAGGCUGGAUGUCACUCCCACCAUGCACCAAGUUAAGUUAGAGCGUUGGCUGAUUUCAGGCGGGCUGACAAGAGAAAUGCGCCUGCCCCGCCUGUGUGUGACACCUACUUACUGCCUCACGAAUUCAUGCAACCAGCGGCUGGAAUGCAUGUGUGGGGCAAAUUGGAUGGAUGGAUGGAUGGAUGGGUGCGAGCGACGAGUUGUUGACUGCGAGAUGACCUGACCCCCACCUAUGGGACUGUAUAUUCCACACAGGAUUAGAUACAUACCUUCACACGCGCAUUCAUCUUCCUUGCCUGCGAUGGACCGACUGCCUUCUCGCCCGCCCCUGUGUGCGUGUCCCUGCCUGCCUGCCUGUCUGUCUGUCUGUCUGUCUGUCUGUCUGGCCGAGUUGAGGUGUCUGUCGUGUCUGUCAUGGGUGGGCGUAAUUCGGUCAGAGGGGAGACGGACGGCAGCCAAUUAAUGAGAGAGAGCGGAAGAGAGAGAGAAGGAAGGUAGGUAAGGCAAUGGAGAACUUUGAUUGACGGAAAGACUUAAGGAUUCAUUCGUACAUACGAUGGAUGCCUCGAUCAAUGAACCAACUGAUGGACUGACUCAUGGUCGGACAUCUGGCUAGCUACAGAAACUAAUCAACCAAUGGAUGGCC